AUGAAGAACACUAAGGAGGUAUCGGUGGCAAUAGCAGAAUCGUCAAUAGGCGAAGGGCCCCAACAACAACAGAAGAGAAAGAGAGGUAGGCCUAGGAAAAUUGUCGAAAAGAUUGAGGAAAUUAAAACAGCAGCAGCAGCAGCAGAAGCAGAAUAUGAAGAUGUUUUAGAGGGUGAAUCCAAGAAAGCAGAAACUAUUGAAGGAGAAGAAGAAGAGAAAAAAGAAGAGCUGCAGAUUGAAGAAACACAAGUGUCAAAGCAGCAGCCUCCAAGGAGAAGCAGCAGAGCUAGGAGAAAAAGCAAGCCCAGAAAGAGCAGCUAA